AUGAGCGAGGAAGAUGCGUUUCAAAGCUCGGAUGUCAAGCCUCUUUCGAGCACAAAAAGCAAUACCAAUAACCAUCAGCUUUUGGUUAAUGGGUUGAUCAAACCGGAGCUUCGACGAACCAAGAGUGACUCAAGUUCACUUUUGGAGCCAAAAUUAAGGCCCAGAAGAUCGAUGAAAGGAUCAUCGGUUGUCAAUGGUGGGUUUGUUGUUAACGGGUUGGAGAUUGGCAAAAACAACUACAAGGUUAAUUUCAGGGGAACUUCGAUGGUCAAUUAUGUGUUCGACAAAAGUACUAACAGAAAGAGAAAAUUGAGUCCUACAAAGGGCAUCAAUGGCCCAAAGUUGAUAUCACCACCAGGGAAGUCACCAAGUGGGUUAACGAGUGGACGGAAAAUUUGGACCGAUUCGAAAUUGGGUCCAUCGCCAUCGGAAGUGGCGGUUGCGGUGCUGAGGAACAGGAACCGUAAAAUGGAAGAGAUGGAGAGUUCGGUGGGAGAAGGAUGGAGUUUAGAUGGAAGCAUGGAAGGGCUCGAUUUGAAACUUGAAUGGUGGAGAACCAAACUCCCACCGAUUUAUUACUCAAGUAAUGAAUUUUCGAGCUUCCUUUCUAGUCAGAAUCCGACAACGGCAACCAAAAAAUCAAGACAUUCAAGAAGACAUGCUCGCAAAAAAGGGCUGUUUUCAUGUUUUGAAAACAUUUGUGGUUGCAAAAUCUCGGUUAUUUAUGGCUAA